AUGACACGCGGACGUCCGCGAGACGUCUCCGCAACGGUGCCGUUGCUGUUACUACUGUCCGCGGCCGCAGUGUUGUCCUCCGACAACGUGACCGUGUUCCGGUGUUGCGGUCGCGGCGAAAUGCUCGACCCGACCGACGUGCACGGGCCGUGCGCCCUGUUGCCGGCGUCCUUGCCGCCAGACUUCGUGCCCGUCAUCUUCGACGUGACCAGCAACCAGUUCUUGAAUCCCAACGAGCCGCCGCCGGCUUACUGGAACCUGGUCCACGAACGGCCGCCGUGCCGGCCCGCCGCGUUCCUGCCCGCCUCGACGCCCCAAGACCCACCCCGGUUCGUGUCGUUCCUCAACGGUACGCUGCUGGCCCAACACUGGCCCAAGAACCUGAUGGUGGAUCCGGGUCUGUACUGCCUGGACCGAGCCGGCGCGCUGUUGUGCUUGCCCGACGAGCCGAACAAGACGAAAAAGUGCUGCGGCCCGUCGGCGGAGUACAGCGAAACCAACGGGGGAUGCGAGUUCUCGGGCCGGCACGACGCGGCCGAUCUGCCCGAAGACAUCACUUCCGGGUUCCCGCGGUGCGAAGACGACGUGUACAUCUUGUCCGGCCGCAUCAACGAGUCGCAUUGGCCCGUCAACGGCGCGUGGCCCGCGGGCGGACAGCUGCGUACGGCCGACGGCGCCACGCUCCAGCCCCGGGAAUACUGUCUGGAGCGCGUGCUCGAACAGACGCAGGAGCCGCGCACGUGGACCGUGUUCACUUGUGCGCCACGGCACGGCGUCGACCACGUGACCAAGAGCUAUCGGGAGGACAUCCGCUUCACCCUGUACCCGCUCGGACUGCUGCUGUCCGUGUUCUUCUUGGCCGUCACCCUGGUGGCCAGCUGCAUGCUGCCCAGCACUUACCACGUGCUCCACUGGAAGUGCCAAGUCAACCACGUCGGCUGCCUGCUGGUCGGCGACCUGUUCCUGGCCUUCGUCCAGCUGUCCGGCGACUCUUUGCGCGGGCCGCUGUGCGUCUUCACAGCCAUUGUAAUGCAUUUUGUCUUUCUGGCGGCGUUUUUCUGGCUCAACACGAUGUGUUUCAAUAUAUGGUGGACGUUUAGGGACUUGAGGCCUGCCAACUUGGAUAAAGGCCAAGAAGCAUGCAGGCUUAGGCUGUACCAGUUGUACGCUUGGGGUGUACCAUUGGUGAUCGCCACGCUAGCCGCUGUAUUAGACCGUAUUCCACCAGAUCAAUACAUGUCACUGAUCAGACCUAAAUUUGGUGAACAUCGUUGCUGGUUCUAUGGUGACGCAGAGGUUCUGUCAUAUUUCUAUGGACCAAUUGGUAUUUUGUUGAUGAUGAAUCUAACAUUAUUCGCGGCCACAGCUAGGGAGCUGACGUGUGGUUUAUGGAGAACCGAAGUAGUGAAAUCUACUAGCGAAAGAGCCACACUGGGUCGCGUGUGCCUGAAACUGGUGAUCGUCAUGGGCAUCACGUGGGUGGUAGACGUGCUGUCGUGGGUGAUCGGCGGGCCCGAUUACGUGUGGUACCUGACGGACCUGAUGAACGCGCUCCAAGGGGUGCUCAUAUUCAUAGUGGUCGGCUGCCAGCCGCAGGUGUGGAUGGCCGUCAGGCGCAUGUGGUGCCUGCGCACGGACAACCCGUCGGACGGCGGCAACGCCCGUUCGUCCACGUCCAACGCGAUGCCGUCCACCGUCAACGAGUCGACGCUGUCCAAACCGGUGGAGACGCUGUGCUGAUGCGUCGACCGCCGCGCCGCGCCACACCGCACCGCACCCCCGCCGCACACGCACUCACGCAGAGCACGCACACGCACGCACCGCAAGCACACGUACACGCGGGCAAGCGAACACAAGCACGGACAAACAGUAUAAAUAACAUCAUCACCACCAUCAUCAUCACCACCAUCACCACCACCACCGCCGUCGUCGUCGUCGUCGUCGUCGUGACGCGGCGACGUUGUCGCCACUGACCACUGCUCCGGACUUCCGUCGCGCGUAAUGCGCAAAAUUGUACGCGAGCGUCGAAGUCUGCGUGGCCACUGACGGACUCGCCGGCCGCAUGUCGACGUACGCGACUUGUUGAUCGCGUUACGAUUAUCUAAAAAAUCUUGCCCGCAAACGGAAUGUUUAGACUGACAAAUCUUGUUUUAUAAUUAUUAAUUUUCUUUUUUUUUUUUUCUUUAACCAGUAUUAAUAAAUAAGUAUGUCGUAUUAAUAAUUAUGCGAUGAUAUUGUAUAAUAAUCGAAUUAGAAGGGAUUUUUCGCGCACACUUUAUUACUAUUAUUAUUUAUUGAUUAUUUUCUCAUUAUUAUUUACUAUCAUUAUUAUUAUCAUUAUUCGUUCACCGCGCUGUCGGUAUAUAAUUUUCCUCGUCGACGAAGGCCCGCUCAAAGGGCCACAAUAAACGUUUGUACAAUAUCGCCUCGGAGCAUUUCUCUUCCGACAGAAUUAUCUUAUUAUUGACCAAAAUCAUAUGUGCCUACCCACAGUAUGAUAUAUUACAGGUCUUUCUGAUAAUAUAUUAUUAUAUGCGCUAAAAUAACUGCAAAAUUCAAAUCAUAUUAUAAUAUAUUCAUAAGUCAUUACACCACAUCAUGAUGUUAUAAUAUGUGUACGACGAUCAAGCAGGUCGACUAUAUUACGGCCAGAUCAAUAUAAUUUCACAAGUCAUACAAUGUAUUAUUACGUUUAUUGAUGAAAUCUCUAUCGACAAAUCGUAUAAUUUUUUCGUUUUUGUUUAAAUAAUAUCGACGAUAAAACCUAUUUGUGGACAAUUUUUUUUUUUAUAUUUUCUCGUUAUUGUUAUACUAAAAACACCGUAUAAGUAAAAUUUCAAUCGCAAAUAAUUAUAUACAUAUAUAAUUCAUAUGGAAAUAUUUGUACGUAUCUACUCUCGAAUUGAAUCGUCUGCAUUAUUGUUUAAAAUAUUAUAUUAUCGUCUAGACGGUAUGUCGUAUUAUAAUCUAACGAUCUUCUAAGCGUAAAUUGAAUUCGGUAAUAACAACGUAUGUUUUUUUUUUUUUUUACUUUUUUUAGUGAUUUUUAACAGAACAUUGUAUCGCAGCUAUUUUUUUUUCACUUAAUAUUUUCCCAUCGAAAACAAUUAACUUAGAUUUUAUCUCUUGAAAAAAACUGUAGGCAUAAUUUAUUACGCUUUUUGUUUUUGAUAACUACGCGUUAUCGGCAUGAACAACGAGUGCCGAUUGUGAAAAAUUG